UCAUAACAGAAGAGGCGUUAACGCUGUUUACGAUCCACUUCACUUAGUUUUCUCGACGUUUUCAAUGCGAAUGAAAAUUGCAGAGUAUGAAUUUGCCUAAACUUCAAGGCAACCAAUUCUAAGGAGUACUGUACCCGUGAAUGUAUUCAAUGUAACGACAUAUGGAUAUCUUUUAAUCAGGAGUUUUUUACCCGUCACGGGUUAUGAUCAUGGCGACCAAUUCAAGCUUUCCGGUUGUGUCAUAAAUGAUUUGUCAAACUGACACUUGGAUACUGAAUAGAUGUUGAAGACUUCUUAUAAAUACAGACUUAAAAAUGGCAGAGUCAGAUGCUGAGAAGUUUCAUUCUGACAAUGAAGACACUGAUGGAAAAAGUGAUGAAUUAUUUAAAGACCUAGUGCAAGGUGGAGAGGAUUCUAAAGAAACAAGGAAUGAGAAUGAUGGUUCAAAAGAAGAAGUUGAGGAGAAUUCUGCUUCAAAAGAGGAUAUGUUAUUGCUAAGUGCCAGAAAUGGUGACCUGGAAGUAGUUCAAAGACUGGUUCAGCAGCAAAUUACUGGAGAAAUUGUAUUGGAUCUGAAUUGCACAGGAAACAGCAAAGCUAACAGAGGUUGGACAGCGUUGCACUUAGCGACCUACUUUGGACAUGUUGAUGUGGUGAGACUUUUACUACAGAAUGGUGCUGGUGUAAACGUGGUGAACCCAAAUGGGGACACUCCCCUACACAAGGCAGCGUUUACAGGAAGGAUGGAAACGUUGACUUUACUUUUGCAAUAUGAAGCUGAUGUCGGAAAGAUCAAUGACGAGGGUCAGACACCAGAGAUGAUCGGAAAAACGAAGGAAAUCAAAGAUCUACUUGAAGCUGCCCUGAGCCACGAGAGUUUACGACGCCAGACUGAGUUUCUGGCUGCAGCUAGAUCUGGAGAUGUCGAUACUGUACAGGCACUUUUGGCCAGUGACCGUCCACCAAACAUCAAUACCACUGACCAGUACGGAAACACUGCCCUCCAUAUUGCCGCCCAGGCUGACCAGAGGGAUAUGGUCAUCUUCCUCCUCCAGAACAGUGUUGAUUCCUCCAUAAAGAAUUUAAAGGACCAGACAGCUAUAGACUUCGCUAGGACCAAUCAGAUGAAACAGCUGCUGACAGGAGUGCGUCCAGUUAAGGAGUUCAGCUUCCAGCCCCAGAGAUGUGAGGGCCUUCUCCUAAAGAAAUCACGGUUCCUGGGAUUUAAACCUGUAUGGGUUGUACUAGAGCGUGGAGUAUUGUCCUACUUCAGAAAUAGAGGGGAUGCGAGCACUGGUGCUAAAAGGAAAGGGAUGAAGUACCUAGAUGAGGCCAAGAUCCUUGUCAGUAUGGAGAAAGAUUUAGCAGACCACCCAGAAUUUCUGCUUCAUUACUCUGACGGGGCAAAUCACUGCUUCAGUACAGAGUCUGGUGAAGAGGCUUCAUUACUCAGACAGAAAUGGUUGAAUGCACUUAAGGAGCACAUCAACUAUAGCACUCACUAUAUACACCAGGGGGAGGACCAGCCAGAGGGAGAAGUUGUCUCCCUUGGAUCGCUCAAAGACUCGCUUAAGACUGCCCAAGCACACCACCAUCUCCUGGAAAAGGAAUCAAACCAGUUGUUGCUGCUUUUGGGGUCCUUGGAAACAGAUAAAAAACUUGAAGCUACAGAAAAGACCAUGACGGAUGUCCAUCAGAAGGUGAAGAGAAUUACAGACUUAUCUCGGGACACUGCAAGCUUCUUAAAUCACUGCCUCACUCUGUUCAGCCAACAAGAAGAGGUACGUAACCUUCAGUUGAAGGAGGAGAUGGAAAAGUCUCGAGUCCUCCAGGAGGCGCUGCAUGCGCUGGCUACGGAACAUCAUGAACUAGAACAGACUCUCACAUUCAACGGAAGGAAAUCACCUGCUCGUUACUAUGACACGGACGAUGAUGAAUUUUAUGACUGUGAUGAUGACGACAAUUUAGAAAAUAAUGAGAAAAAUGAAAUUGCUGACUCCAUGACAAGUUCCUUUCUUGAUGCCAUGUCUUUUGAAUCUGCAAAAUCUGGAUCUUAUUUUCCAAAACACAUAGACGUUACAAAUGGAUGUGUUAAGUCAAAAUUUGGCAGGAGCAGGCUUCCUGUCCCAAUGUUCGACAGAAAUGACUUCAGUAUAUGGAGUAUACUCAAGCAGUGUAUAGGCAAGGAACUGUCCAAAAUCACCAUGCCUGUUGUGUUCAAUGAGCCACUGAGCUUUAUCCAGAGAAUAUCCGAGUACAUGGAGUAUACAACACUUCUGGAGAAGGCUAGUCAAGCCUCUGACCCAGCCGAAAGGUUUGCUUAUGUGUCAGCUUUUGCAGUAUCAGCAAUUUCCUCUAACUGGGACAGAAUCGGGAAACCCUUCAACCCACUGUUAGGGGAGACCUUUGAAUUAAACAGAGCUGAUCUUGGGUUCCGAUUGGUCGGGGAACAAGUGAGCCACCAUCCACCUGUAAGUGCUUUCCUCGUGGAUUCUAAACAGUUCAAGAUCCACGGGUCCAUCCACCCCAAGCUGAAGUUCUGGGGCAAGUCAGUUGAGAUCAAUCCAAAAGGCACGAUUACACUGGAACUGACACGACACGGAGAGGUGUAUACGUGGUCGAAUGUCAACUGUUGUGUUCACAAUGUCAUUGUUGGCAAGAUCUGGAUAGAACAUUAUGGUGUUAUGGAAAUUUUGUGUCACAAAACGGGAUGGAAGAGUGUACUCAACUUCAAACAGUCUGGCUGGUUCGGGAAAGAUUUACACAAAGUUGAGGGCUACAUAUAUGAUAAAAACAAGGUGAAGAGGAAGGCAUUGUACGGGAGUUGGGUGUACGAUCUCUUCAUGCUUGAUGCUGCUGUUUAUGAUGAUCACAUGAAAAAUUCGGCAUCAACUGCAUCACCAAGUCAUUCUGCCAAAUCCAAUGGUGCUAGUGGGAGUUCAGAUGUUAACGAUGACAUUUCCGCAAAACGUUUAUCAACAUACGACCUGCACAUUCCUGGACAGGAGUGUAUAUGGACGAUUCACCCACGGCCAGAAAAAUCCACACAGUAUUUCAGUUUUACAUUGUUUGCCAUGGCCUUGAAUGAGUUGAAUCCCGAAACAGCAGGACAACUAGCACCAACUGAUUCCCGUUUCCGGCCAGAUAUUCGUCUUCUGGAGGAGGGGCAGAUCGAUGCUGCUGCAGCAGAAAAGAACAGAAUAGAGGAAAAACAAAGAUCUGCUCGAAAAGAACGGAAACGAAGGAAGGAUGAAUGGAUACCGGUAUUUUUCAAGUGUGGAACGAACCCUCACACCGGCAAAGAGGACUGGUUAUUUAAAGGCAACUACUGGGAUCGAGACUGGUCCAAGUGUCCCGACAUCUUCUGACACUAGGCGAGAACAUAGAUCCAGCAAAUUGUGAUAUUAUAUCAAUAUCAUGCCAUCACUGCCAAAUAUGUUGACAUUGGCGAAUCAGCUACAACGAUUCCAUUGUGUUAAAUGUAUUCCACAUAAAAACUGUUGACUUGUAGAAACCAGUCCCAAGUAAAGAUAAGAUUUCCAGUGCUUGGCUAGAUUGUUCCAGUAAAUCUUCAUAUGUGUUAGGGCUAACCCACAGACGGGUUACCUGGUAUUGAGAAACACUUAUCUCCAAUAACAUAGGAAAUGUAAUUUCCUCAUACUAUAACUACUAUCACAUGUUCAGACAAAAUAUUUUAAAACUCAUGUUUCUGUUUGAUAAUGCAAUUUCAUUUUCAAACUUAUUUUAACAAUGGUUUCAUUGGAACAUUUUAGCGGUGUGUGUCUUUUCAGAAGUUUCUGAAAAGUGAUUGAUA